CAGCAAUGUACAGCGGUCUAUGCAUCUGUGUGUUCCUUGCUGUGCUCUCAGCGAGCUCUUUCGGACAGCAAACUGUGGGCUCGCACAAUGGGAAUCCACUGGCUGCUGAGCUUGAGCAGGGCUUGACAGAACAGCACCGGCACGUCCGCGCCCCUUCGUCUGCUGGCCCGCUGAAAUCUGUGCCGCGGCUGGAUGGAAGCAUUGACCAGAGAGCUAACAUCGGCGCUUUGUUGGCCAAGUAUCUCCAGCAAGCCAGAAAAGGUCCCACUGGAAGGCUCUCAGUUAUGGGAAACAGGGUACAGAGCAUUGAUCCUACGCACAGGAUAAAUGACAGAGACUACAUGGGCUGGAUGGAUUUUGGACGCCGCAGUGCUGAAGAAUACGAAUACUCCUCCUAAAGAACAGCAAACUAUAGCAACAGGAAAAAAAAUCUAAAAAUCACACUCCCAUGUCUGUACAGAAAGAGAAAAAUUAAUUUGUUGUCCUCUUCGAAUCAGUGUUUUAAAAUAUAUCAUGUAUUUGAUGUAAAUUUGUCUGUAAGACUAUACAAUGCAAUACAUACAUAUGCAGAAUUUUCCAGAAAAUCUUCUCUUUCUUUUGUAGUUUCUCAUCCACUGGUACUAUAUUAAAAUGAUUUCACUUAUCCCUUCUUGUCCUG